UAAAAGAGCAAUGGAAAUGCUGAACUUUACUGCUCUUAAAGUAAGAAGUAUUAGAGUUAUGUACUAUGUCCAUAAUCCAAGUCUUCUAAAGCGGGGAGUUGGUAAUAUAUUCAUAAAGAAUCUUGACAAAUCCAUCGAUCAAGAAGGACUCUACGAUACAUUUUCGUGCUUUGGAUCCAUUCUUAGAUUCAAAAUAGCGACUGAUGCCUCUGGUAAGUCAAGAGGCUUUGGAUUUGUACAGUACAACACGGAAGAAUCAGCUCAUAAGGCCAUAGAACAUCUGAAUGGAAUGCUUCUUAACGAUACAGAAGUAUACGUUGGACCUUUUCUGCAAAGAGAUUCUCCAAGCAAAAAGGCAAUGUUCACUGAUAUUUAUGUCAAGAACCUCUCCAAGUCCUUGACCGAUGAAGAACUGAACACAAUUUUUCAAGAGUUUGGACCUACAACGAGUUGCGUGAUCAUUAGGGAUGGUGAGGUUCCUCAAGGAAAGUCUAAAGGUUUUGGCUUUGUUAAUUUUAAGAAUCCAGAGGAUGCUGAGAAAGCUGUCGAGGCUCUAAACGGAAAGAGGUUUGAUGACAAGGAGUGGUUUGUUACUAACUCUAAGAAGAAGUAUCAGAGGGAAUCUGAAGUGAAGCGAGGUUUAAAACAUGCGGUCAACAGGUCACAGGGUUCGAGUAACUUGUGUGUUACGAAGUUGGAUAAAAGAGUAACAGAUGAAAUCCUCAAAGACUUCUUCUCUUCCUAUGGAACUAUAACAUCAUGCAAGGUCAUGAGAGACUCUAGUGGAGUAAGUAAAGGAUCAGGCUUUGUUUCAUUUUUGAAGUCAGAGGAAGCUCUUAGAGCGAUGGAAGAGAUUAAUGGACAUUAAAAUCGGAGAGAUUAGAAUGAAAAGCUUAUUUUCCGAGUUUUGUAACCCAAAAAGAAAAGGGAUUAUUGUUGAAAUUGCUAUUUUGUCAAUUUGGAUUUGUCAUUUGCUUAAUGGCUUUGUAGAUUUCUCAUA